AUGGCCGCCAACGACGUACCGGCUCAGCCGAGCCAAGCUUCCGACACCCAAGACAACCUCGUCGAUCCGGGCCGGCAAGAGAAGCAACAUGUCGGAGACACGAGUAAGACGGCGAGUGAGGAUCUCUCCAAGGCGCCCGACGGCGGCCUCGAAGCUUGGCUCGCUGCCGCGGGCGGCUUCUGCAUCUUCUUCUCCUGCCUUGGCUUCUCCAAUUCUUUUGGCGUGCUGGCCGACUACUACAUCCAGAACCAGCUGCGUGGCGUGUCCCCGUCCAAGAUUGCCUGGAUCGGCUCCCUGAGCAUCUUCUUGCAGUUCUUCUCCGGCAUGGUCAUCCGGCCCGCCGCGGUGCUUUACCUCAUUUCUAUGAUGCUGCUCAGUCUCUGCAAGGAGUAUUGGCACUUUAUGCUCUGCCAGGCCGUCCUCCAGGGUGCCCUCCAGGGCCUGCUGCAGUUUCCCUCCAUGGCUGCCAUUUCGCAAUACUUUGACAAGAACCGCGCGGCCGCCAUUGGCCUCGGCGUCUCCGGGUCCUCGGUCGGUGGCAUCAUCAUCCCCAUAGCCCUGUCCAAGAUGCUCAACGGUACCGAUCUCGGGUUCGGGUGGAGCAUCCGUAUCAUCGGCUUCGUCAUCCUGCCCUUCCUGACCUUUCCUCUCUUCACCAUCAAGGCCCGACUCCCGCCGCGAUCUCGGUCAUUCUGGCUCUCCGCGGCCUUCAAGGACAUAAGACUCGUCUUGUUGACAAUUUCCAUGUUCUUCGUCUUCAUGGGCAUGUUCCUCCCCCUCUACUUCAUCCCGACAUAUGCCAGCCUCCGCGGCAUGGAGCCCACCUUGGCCGGCUACCUGUCCGCCAUCCUCAACGCCGCUUCUACCUUUGGUCGUAUUAUCCCGGGUAUCCUGGCGGACAGGCUCGGCAAGCUCAACGUGUACUCGGUCGGCGCGGUGGUCACUUCAGCCGUCAUCUUCUGCAUGAACGAGACCACGACGAAUGCCGCGAUGAUUGUGUACUCGGUCAUCUUUGGCUUUACCUCAGGUACCAUCGUUUCCGGUGUGUCGGUUGCUUUCACUGUGUGCUGCCCAGAUAUCCGAGAUGUGGGCACCUAUGCCGGCAUGGGUAUGGCCUUUGGUGCUCUAGGCGGCCUCAUAGGUCCGCCUCUGGACGGCUUCAUGGUUGAGCAUUACAGAGCUCGCAGCUCCAGUAUCUGUUCUACCCCUUACGACAGCACGAUCAAUGACGGCGAUGGGGUGAAACAAGUCACGAUAGCGCCGCCGCCUGUGACCUGCCUUCCUCAAGAUUUUACUGUCAACACACUACCGCUCGCCAGCUUUGGCUCCUCCGGCUCGGCGUUCAAGGUAUCUGAUGAAGUCGUUAUCGAGAAGCCAAUAACGCUGGACAACUGCAACGAACAUAUUGACAGCGAGUCCAGAAUCUAUCAGCGUCUGGGAAACCGCCCCUACAUCACCGUCAUGUUCUGGCGGGCGGGGCUGAGGUACGGCUAA